AUGAGAUCUGAAGUGAAUUGUAUCAAGGCCUUCAGGAUGCAUGGUGAUAAUAAUCCAAGUCAUAUAGAUGCAAUGGCCUUGCUGCGUGUUGGCAAACCUGAUUUAUUCAUCACUAUGACAUGCAACCCAAACUGGAUGGAAAUUCAAGCUGGUCAAAAGGCUCAAGAUCGACCAGAUAUCACAGAAAAGGGGUCUUCAUAUGCAUAUAUUUUGGUUAUACUUCAUCCAGAAGAUAAAUCACAAACCCCUGAUGGCUAUGAUGACAUUGUUUGUGCUGAGAUACCUGAUCCAGUGAUCAACCCCAGAGUGCAUGCCACCAUUAUUGACAGCAUGUUUCAUGGGCCAUGUGGAAUGCUGAAUCCCAAUGCACCAUGCAUGGUUGAUGAUGGUACAGGACACAAAAAUUCAAAUAAAUCAUGGAAGAAAGAUCAAUGUGGAGGUUGCAUUGGGAGAAUGUACAUGGCUCAUCCAGGUGAAG